AACACUGCUUCUUCAGCUAAUUACAGAAGGAAUACUAAUAAUUACACAGUUGAGCGGUGUCGAGACUCAUCACUUCUAAACCCUUUAUUUCCUUCUCCCCGGGAGACCACGACAACCUUUGCAGUGCGGAUUUCGGAUCGAUAUCUUGCCGGAAAGCGGUCGGUUCCCGUGUAGCGGACUUGGAUUUCGGCUAUCCCCACAGAAACCUGACUAGUUGAAUUGAUGGCAACUCCGGGAGGACCUAGGCCGGGGUCUUUCCCCCAGAACACUAACCCUAAUGCCCUGGCUGAUCAUAUGCAAAAUCUUCAGAUGAAUCAGCCUAAUCAGCAGCCAUCUGGUAACUACGGUGGUGUUGGUCCUAGGCCUUCUAAUGCUUCACCGUUCAACCAGCAGCCACCUCCUUUUGCUGGCAGCAGACCUGGCCCUCCCCCUCCCGGUGUGUUUCCCAGGGGCCCUAUGCCUCCGGGUGCUCCUGUUAGACCUACUGGUCCUUCACAGCCCCCUCCAUUUGCAUCGAGGCCUCCACCGCCUGGGGCAUUGCCAUCUUCCUUGGCAAGACCUUCAGUUCCCCCACCUGGGGCAGGUCCUCGAUCAGCACCUUUUUCAUCUUCGCCUUUGACUUCAGUCCCUCCAAUUCCAUCUCAAUUUGGUGCACAAGGUCCAUUUAAUAAUGGACCGCCCUCAGUUCCCCCAGUUACGGCCCAAAGUGGUCCACGCUUCCCUCCAAAUGUGGGUACUAUGCCAAGGCCUUCAGUUGGACCUCCACAGCCUCCAACAAUGCUUUCAUCUGGUGCAACUUCUCAGUCUUCACAAAUGCGGCCUAGCUUUGGUAGUCCACCUGCUGGUGCAAUACCUUCGAUAGGGCAACCAGCUCCACCGUUUUCUGCCCCACCCUCAAGCAUGCCUCCUCCUCCUCCUCCGGGUUCGUCGCCAUUUUCUCCAUCUGUUCCCGGGACAGUUCAAGCAUCAGGUUCUCCUUUUGGGAUGCAGACAUGGCCGCCACAACCACAACAGGCGGCUCCACCUCCCUCUGGUCCUAUGCAGCCCCCACCACCUCGGAUGUUUGGGAUGCCACCCGGACCUCCUGCACUUCCAAAUCAAUCUAUGGCUUUGGGUCAAACAGGGCAGUCCAGAAUUGAUCCCAACCAAAUUCCUCGCCUUGCUGCAAGUUCUUCCGUAAUUUUGCAUGAGACACGUCAGGACAAUCAAGCAAAUCCCCCUCCACCUGCAACAAGUGAUUAUAUAGUUAAAGACACUGGGAAUUGCAGUCCACGAUAUAUGAGGUGUACGAUAAAUCAGAUUCCUUGCACGGUUGAUCUUCUUUCAACAUCUGCAAUGCAAUUGGCUUUACUGGUCCAGCCUUUAGCUAUUCCGCAUCCCUCCGAAGAACCCAUACAAGUGGUUGAUUUUGGUGAGAGUGGACCAGUUCGAUGUUCUCGUUGCAAAGGCUACAUUAAUCCUUUUAUGAAGUUUAUUGAUCAAGGAAGGCGCUUCAUUUGUAACUUAUGUGGAUUCACAGAUGAAACUCCACGUGACUAUCACUGUAAUUUAGGCCCUGAUGGUCGGCGCAGGGAUGCUGAUGAGAGGCCUGAAUUGUGCAGGGGAACUGUAGAAUUUGUUGCUACUAAGGAGUACAUGGUGCGAGAUCCAAUGCCUGCAGUAUUUUUCUUCCUUAUUGAUGUAUCAAUGUAUGCCAUACAAACUGGUGCAACUGCCGCUGCUUGCAGUGCAAUCAGCCAAGUUAUAUCUGAUCUUCCUGAGGGUCCUCGAACAUUGGUGGGUAUUGCUACAUUUGACUCCACCAUUCACUUUUACAAUCUAAAACGUGCUCUGCAGCAGCCUUUGAUGCUUAUCAUUCCUGAUGUGCAAGAUGUCUACACCCCUCUCGAAAGUGAUGUUAUUGUUCAACUUUCUGAGUGCCGUGAACAUUUGGAGAUGUUGCUGGAGAGUAUCCCUACAAUGUUUCAGAACAAUAAAAUUGUUGAUUCUGCUUUUGGUGCUGCAGUAAAGGCUGCUUUCUUGGCUAUGAAAAGUACUGGUGGCAAACUUCUUGUCUUCCAAUCAGUAUUGCCUUCAACUGGUGUUGGAUCGCUUUCUGCUAGGGAAUCGGAAGGCAGAAGUAACAUAUCAGCAGGAGAAAAGGAGGCUCACAAAUUACUCCAACCAGCGGACAAAACCCUUAAAACUAUGGCCAUUGAAUUUGCAGAAUACCAGGUCUGUAUCGACUUGUUCAUAACUACUCAAUCAUAUGUAGACAUUGCUUCACUCUCUGUUGUUCCAAGAACUACUGGAGGGCAGGUGUACUAUUAUUAUCCUUUCUCGGCUCUUUCUGAUCCUGCUAAGCUGUACAAUGAUCUUCGCUGGAAUGUCACAAGGCCCCAAGGAUUUGAAGCGGUGAUGCGUGUUAGGUGCAGUCAGGGUAUUCAAGUACAGGAGUAUUCCGGAAACUUCUGUAAGCGCAUCCCAACUGAUGUUGAUCUACCUGCGAUCGAUUGUGACAAGACAAUAAUGGUGACGCUAAAACAUGAUGAUAAAUUGGCAGAAGGAUCAGAAUGUGCUUUUCAGUGUGCUCUUCUUUACACCACUGUCUAUGGCCAAAGAAGAAUUCGGGUUUCAACCUUGUCCCUUCCAUGUACCAACAUGUUGAGUAAUCUGUUCCGAUCUGCUGACUUAGACACUCAAUUUGCUUGUGUCCUGAAACAAGCGGCUAAUGAAAUUCCAUCAGCUCCCCUUGGUCAAGUCAGGGAUCAGGCCACAAAUGUUUGCAUUAACAUUUUAUAUUCCUAUCGCAAGUUCUGUGCUACAGCAUCCUCUUCUGGACAACUCAUUCUGCCUGAGGCACUUAAAUUGUUGCCUCUAUACACACUUGCUUUGCUUAAAAGCAAUGGAUUGCGGUCUGAUGGACGGAUAGAUGAUAGGUCCUUCUGGAUAAAUUUUGUUUCUCCUUUACCUACUCCCUUGGUAAUCCCAUUGGUCUAUCCAAGGAUGAUAUCGAUUCAUGACCUUGAUGAAAAGGAGGAGUCCGAUGAUGCUUCUAUUCCUGCUUCUAUACCACUUUCCAGCGAACACAUAUCUGAUGAUGGAAUAUAUCUUCUUGAAAAUGGCGAAGACUGCUUAAUAUAUAUUGGUAGCACCGCUCAGGAAAAUGUUCUGCAGAAGCUUUUCAACGUUUCGUCAGUCGAAGAAAUUUCAAAUCAGUUUAUUUUGCAGCAAUAUGAGAAUCCAUUGUCGAAGAAGUUGAAUGCUAUUGUCAAUGAAAUAAGGCGCCAACGAUUUUCAUAUCUACGCUUGAAAAUUUGCAAAAAGGGCGAAUCAUCAGGGAUGAUGUUUUUCUCGUACAUGGUCGAAGACAAAACACCGGGUGGCCCAUCAUAUGUUGAAUAUCUAAUACAUAUUCAUAGACAGAUUCAGAGCAAAAUGGCUUGAAGAUAGAGAUGCGCGAAACUGCCAACCACCUGAAUCUGAAGCUGGCAGAAGAAUGUGGCUACCUCAUUAUGCGCCGGAGAGGCCGAGCUGAGCUUUUUCAGGAGAGGAUUUUAAUGAGAUCGUAUCAUAUUUUGUUUUGAUGGUUCCUACAUAGCAAUAAGUUACAUCAUCUCUUGUGGCUGCUUUUUCUUACAUUCUUUUGAACUGUGGAAGGAAAUAGGCUAUUGUUUUGUUUUGUUUUUCAAGGAUCAGAUCGGAUCAUACAUAUUCUCCGGGCUUACCAUGAUACAUGCAUACCCUAUGGACCCCACCAUUGUUCAUUUAUGUUAAAAACAUAUAUACAAAAUACUUUUUUGUUU